AUGUUUGCACUGAUAGGGAACUCGCCGGUUUGGCUGGCCAAGACCCUCAAUGAAAUGGGGUACCCAGUCACUGAAAACCAGUGUUGCAAUAAAUGGAAAAAUUUGAAAAAAGCGUAUAAAGGUGUUAAGGACCACAACGCCAAGAGCGGCAACGACAAGAAGGAUUGGCCAUUCCUCAAGGAAAUGGAUGAAAUCUUCGGGCGAAGGCCGGAGGUGGUCCCUCUGGCUGUUGCGAGCGCCUCAGCUGGUCUGAGCGUCAGGGAAACCGGAGAGGAGCCGAAGGCGGAGUGCAGCCGAGGAAGCAAGAGAAUGUCGAUACUCUCGGAGUCACAUGAGUUGCUGUCCAAAAAAAUGGCCUUAGAAGAAAGGAAAGUCAAGGCCCUAGAGGAUUUUAAUUGUUUCUUUAAGGAUUUUUUAGAACUCAAGAAAGCAGAAAAAGCCAGAGCGGAAGAAGAGCCAUUAUGUAUGAAACUUCGUAAUCUAGAUUUUAAUUGA